AUGAAGGACGAAAAGAACCCGUCCCCACAAGAGAGCGAGGUGGCCGAAGGCGACAUCAGCACUAUUUCGUUCAAGAAUGAAUCUUUCAAAGAGAAAUUGGUUCGGAUCUUCGAGGUCCAGCCCAAGGGCGAUCUCACCACAUCCCAGAUGUAUCUUUACAACUACGACUUGCGUCCUGUGGAAGAAGCUCGUAGAACUUGGUCCUGGUUCAACUACGUAUUCUUCUGGAUUGCUGACUCGUUUAAUAUCAACACUUGGCAAAUUGCUGCCACUGGUAUUCAGGACGGUGGUAUGAACUGGUGGCAGACCUGGUUGUCUGUCUGGUUGGGCUACUUGUUGUGCGGUAUCUUCGUGUCCAUAGGUGCCAGAAUCGGUCUCCAAUAUCACAUCUCCUUCCCUGUUGCUGCAAGAUCGUCAUUUGGUAUUUAUGGUGCCUUGUGGCCUGUAAUUAACAGAGUGGUGAUGUCUGCAGUGUGGUAUGCCGUACAGUGUUCUAUUGCAGGCCCAUGUUUUGAAGUCAUGUUGAGAGCCCUUUUUGGACAGAACCUUGACAAGACCAUGCCUAACCACAUCAGCGAUNCAGACUUGACUACCUACAAGUUUUUGUGCUUCUUCCUUUUCUGGUUGUGUUCAUUACCCUUCAUUUGGUUCCCUCCUCACAAGAUAAGACAUCUUUUCACAGUCAAGGCAUACGUUGCACCUACUGCAGGUUUCGCCUUCUUGAUUUGGACUUUGGUCAAGGCUAAGGGAGCCGGCCCUGCCAUCCACCAAGGGUCUAAGGUUCACGGUAAGGACCUCGCAUGGGCCUUUGUUGAAUCCACUAUGAAUUCCCUUGCCAAUUUUGCAACCUUGAUCGUGAAUGCUCCAGAUUUCGCACGUUUUGCUGAUAAGCCUUCAUUUAGCAUGAAAUACUUGGUCUACACCAUCACCAUUCCCUUGUGUUUCUCGAUCACCUCGUUGAUCGGUAUCUUGGUUACUUCCGCAUCCAUUGAUCUCUACGGCGAGCCAUACUGGUCUCCAUUGGAUGUUUUGGGUAGAUUUUUGGACGACUACUCUUCAGGAAAUAGAGCAGGUGUGUUCUUGAUCGGGUUGGCCUUUGCAUUGGCCCAAUUGGGUACUAAUAUUUCUGCCAACUCUCUUUCUUUUGGUACCGAUGUGUCAGCCGUUCUUCCAAGAUUCUUAAACAUCAGAAGAGGUGGUUACAUCUGUGCAGCCUUGGCUCUCUGUAUCUGUCCAUGGAAACUCACUUCCACCUCGUCCAAAUUUACUACCUACUUAUCUGCUUACUCCGUUUUCCUUUCAUCGGUUGCUGGUGUUGUUGCUUGUGAUUAUUUCUAUGUUAGAAGAGGUUACAUCAAGUUGACACACUUAUAUUCCUUGUUUGCCCCAGAAGAGCCAACUACCAAGUCCAUCUAUAGAUUUAACGUCAUAGGAUGCAACUGGAGAGCUUACGUUGCAUACAUUUGUGGUAUUUUACCAAAUAUUGUUGGAUUCGUUGGUGCUACUGAGACACACAAGGUACCAAUCGGGGCCACUGAAGUUUAUAGAUUAAACUUCUUUAUGGGAUUCUUCUCAGCUUUCAUCAUUUAUGGAACUUUGUGUCGCUUGAGUCCAGUGGAAGGUACUCCACAGGUUGGUGCCUUCGAGAAGGCAUGGUUCGAAGAGUCUCCUGAUGUUGAGGACUUUGAUGAGUUAUUGCAAGGACAUGUCGUCCAUCAUGGUAUUGAAACCUCGUAUGCUACUGGUAACUCUUUUAACAAAUAUGAUGAAGAGAAGAGCUUAGGGGCCAACCUGUCUUAA